CCCGCGGCGCCCCGCGGCGGGAGGUAAGGGCGGCCGCCGCCCCGCGCCCCGGCAGCCAUGCGGACCCUGCGGCCGCAGCUGGCCUCCCUGCUCCUCCUCGGCAUGGCCUUGGCCCAGCGGCAAGUGGCGGUGCAGGAAGGACCUCUCUACCGCACAGAGGGAUCCCACAUCACGCUGUGGUGCAAGGUGAGCGGCUACCAGGGCCCGGCGGAGCAGAACUUCCAGUGGUCCAUCUACCUGCCCUCUGCCCCUGAGCGGGAGGUGCAGAUCGUCAGCACCGUGGACCCCUCCUUCCCCUACGCCAUCUACACGCAGCGUGUGCGCAGCCGAGGGAUCUACGUGGAGCGAGUGCAGGGGGAUGCUGUGCUGCUGCACAUCGCCGAGCUGCAGGACCGCGACGCCGGGCAGUACGAGUGCCACACGCCCAACACCGACCAGAGGUACUUUGGCAGCUACAGCGCCAAGAUGAACCUCGUGGUGAUCCCUGACUCGCUGCGAGUGACAGCAGUCCCACAGACACUGAACAAGGUGGAACAUGACUCCCUGGAGCUGAAGUGUGAGGUGUCUAAGAGCACAGCCCAGCACAGCCACGUCUCCAUCGCUUGGUACCGGCAGCGAGGCAGCGAGGCGCCCGUGGAGGUCAUCUCCCUCAGCCGCGACUUCGUCCUGCGAGCUGGCAGUGCCUAUGCCCAGCGGCAAGCCACGGGGGACGUUCGCUUGGACAAAGUUGGGGAGACCACCUCAAAGCUCACCAUCUACAACCUCCACCCAUCGGAUCAGGGCGAGUUUUACUGCGAGGCAGCAGAGUGGAUCCAGGACCCGGACAAAUCUUGGUAUGCCAUGACCCGCAAGCGUUCCCAAGGUGCCAUCGUCAACGUGCAAGCCACAGAUAAGGAGUUCAGCGUCCGGCUGGAGACAGAGAAGCGGACAUACAUCGUGGGUGAGCCAGUGGAGUUUCGGUGCAUCCUGGAGGCACAGAAUGUCCCUGACCGCUACUUCUCUAUCUCCUGGGCCUUCAACAGCUCCCUCAUUGCCAGCCUGGGACCAAACGCUGUGCCAGUGCUCAACAACGAGUUUGCCCAACGUGAGGCUCUGGGCCAGCUCAAGGUGGCCAAAGAAAGUGACAGCGUUUUUGUGCUGAAGAUCUACCGCCUCCGCCUCGAGGACAGCGGCAAGUACAACUGCCGGGUGACCGAGCGAGAGAAGACUGUGACGGGAGACUUCAUUGACAAGGAGAGCAAGCGGCCAAAGAACAUCCCCAUCACUGUCCUGCCACUCAAGACCAGCAUCUCCUUGGAGAUUAUCAACAACGCCAGCAGUGUCUUGGAGGGCGAGAGCCUGCGGUUCGGCUGCAGCGUGCGCUCGGCCUUCGGGCCCCAAAGCCGCUUCUCCGUCGCCUGGCAGCUGGUGGACAAGCUGAACCGGCGCAGUGAGGUGGUGCGUCUGGAUCGGGAGGGCACGCUGCAGCCGGGGCCCGCCUACGCUGAGCGCAGCAGCUAUGGGGGCAUCCAGGUAGAGCAGGUCCGGCCUGGCUCCUUCACCCUGGAGAUCUUCAACAGCGUCAAGGCGGAUGAGGGCCACUACGAGUGCCGGGUAGUCGAGUGGACACGGACACUGGAUGGGGAGUGGCAGAUGGUUGGGGAGCGCCACAUGGGCACCCUGGUGUCCAUCACUGCUCUGGAGGCUGGCUUUGCUGUCACCGCUAUCUCCCGCACCCCCGGGGUGACCUAUAACGAGUCUUUCGACCUGCAGUGCAUCAUCAAGCCCCACUACCCGUCGUGGGUGCCGGUGUCGGUGACGUGGCGUUUCCAGCCAGCGGGCAGCACCGAGUUUCACGACCUGGUCACCUUCACGCGCGACGGCGGAGUCCAGUGGGGCGACAGGUACGUGGGCUUCCGCACCCGCACCGCCAUCGAGAAGGCCGAGGCCAGCAACAACGUGCGCCUGAGCAUCAGCAGGGCCAGCGACACGGAGGCCGGCAAGUACCAGUGCGUGGCGGAGCUCUGGAGGAAGAACUACAACAGCAGCUGGACGCGGCUGGCGGACAGGACCUCCAACCUCCUGGAAAUCAGGGUGCUGCGGCCAGUGACCAAGCUGCAGGUGAGCAAGUCAAAGCGGAGCAUCACGCUGGUGGAGAACAAGCCCAUCCCCCUCAACUGCUCCGUGAAGUCCCAGACCAGCCCCGACUCGCACUUCGCCGUGCUGUGGUACGUGCACAAGCCCUCCGACGCCGACGGCAAGCUCAUCCUGAAGACCACCCACAGCUCAGCCUUCGAGUACGGCACCUACGCGGAGGAGGAGGGACUGCGGGGCCGGCUCCAGUUCGAGCGCUCGGCGUCGGGAGGGCUCUUCAGCCUGACGGUGCAGCGGGCGGAGGUCCGAGACAGCGGCAGCUACUACUGCCACGUGGAGGAAUGGCUGCUCAGCCCCAACCAUGCCUGGUACAAGCUGGCAGAGGAGGUGUCAGGCCGCACGGAGGUCACCGUCAAGCAGCCAGAUAACCGCCUGCAGGUGAAUCAGACCCACAAGAACAUCACGGUGCUGGAGAACCAGUGGGUGACCUUGGAGUGCCUGGUCAGCAGCCGGACCAGCCCCUCAUCUCAGCUCUCCGUGGAGUGGUACGUGUGGAGGUCAGGCCACCCCGAGAAGGAGGUGGUGGCCCGGCUGAGCCGGCAGAACACCCUGCGCUACGGGGACCCGGCGGCGCUGGGCGACCUGCGGAGCCGGCUGCACCUGGAGAGCCCAUCCCCGGGUCUCUACCUCCUCUCCAUCCAAAAUGCCACCGUACGCGACAGUGGGGCCUAUGACUGCCGUGUGGAGGAGUGGCUCCUUGACCCCAGUGACCGCUGGUACAAGCGAGCGGAGGACCUCUCUGGACUCAUCACCCUCACGGUCAAGCAGCCAGAUCCCACCUUGCAGGUGGACACAGCAACUGGCAACCUGACAGUGCAGGAGAAGGAGUCCUUCCCACUGGACUGCAGCAUCCUGUCUCGCUCCAGUCCAGAGUCUCACUUCGCAGUGACGUGGUACAACCUGCGGGCCAAAGAGCCAGGUGGAGAGGAGGAGGAAGAGGAGGAGGAGAAGGAAGCCGUGCUGAGCGUGGGCCCUGAUGCCAUCUUCAGCCCUGAGGCUGGUCGCUGGGAGGGCCGGCUGCGCUUCCAGAGGCUCUCGGCAGUGCUGUUCCGACUGACGGUGCUGCAGGCAGGCGGUGCCGACACGGGCAACUACUCCUGCCGUGUGGAGGAGUGGCUGGCAGACCCCAGCGGCGUGUGGUACCGGCUGGCAGAGCAGGAGUCGGGGGCCGUGGCCGUCCACGUGCAGGAUGCAGGCUCCACCUUGCAGUCUGUCAUCUGCUCCAGUGAUGCCCUCUUCUACUUCGUGUUCUUCUACCCCUUCCCCAUCUUUGGCAUCUUGAUCAUCACUAUUCUCCUGGUGCGGUUCAAGAGCCGAAACUCCAGCAAGAACUCAGAGGGCAAGAAUGGGGUCCCCUUGCUGUGGAUCAAAGAGCCUCACCUCAACUACUCUCCCACUUGCCUAGAGCCGCCGGUCCUCAGCAUCCACCCGGGAACCAUGGACUAAAGAGGUAGAGGUGCCCAGGAGGACACAGAGAGAGGGAGAGGAGCAGAGGCACAGCAGGAACCGAAGGAAUGGAGUGGGUUUUGUUGUUCUUGUUUCAUCUGUUUGAGUGUCUGUGCUCUGGUGCAGCAGCUGAGCUCUGCAGAGUGCCCAGCCGGCAGGGAUGGGACGGGCUGAGGCUCACUCCAGCAUCUGUAGGAGUGCAUCGCCUCCCCUGAUGGACAGAGGGUCCCUGCACUUGCUGUACGUAGCAGAUGUUCCUCUGAGAUUAAUUUUGUUCCUGUCUUUUGGGCCAUUACUUUUAUGUUGCUGUUUAUUUUUCAGUCACUCAAGUGUAGGCUUCCCCUGCCCUCGACGUUCCCAGGUGUUUGGUUCUGGGAUGAGCUUUUUGGAAGUUAAUACAUGUUUUAGUUUUCCAAACCAGACUGGUCUUCCUCCUCAGACUCAGUGCUAUGGUGAAGAAGGCUAUUUCCCAGGGUACACUGAGGUAGCUCCUCCCUCUUCCAGAAUGGACAAAGCCAGUUUCACCUCUGGACAGAUUAGCUGGGCUAUUGGGAGGUUCAUCUCCAAGACUGGCUGUAGCCUCAGCAUAUUCUCUCCUUCAUCUUACUGCUUUCUCAGGAGGAAACAAACCACCUUUUGGGAGCAUUCCCAAGUCUUGGAGAGACUGAAUAUUCAGCACACUUGUGGUCAGGACAAAAGUAAUCUAGUUUGUCACCAGGAACUGAAGUGGGGGAUAGAAGCACACCAGAAAGCCCUGACUUUGUUGGUAGCAAAGAGGGCCCUUGUAUGGUCCAUCUUAUCAGAUUUGUGCUCCCUGGGGUUCAUGCUGCCACCUCUGAUGAGACACAUCCUCUCUGUGCCCCCAUCACCUGGGCAUGGGUGGCUGGAUCCAGUCUCUGAAGACUUCAACACGACCAAAGUAAUGACUCUAAGAAGGGGGAAAGGAGAAGCUCCACAAUUGGGUUCGUGGCCCCUGAAUGGUUUAGCUAAGGAGCCCAGUUUCAGCCGUGCCACACAGAGGGGACAUGCAAUUAACUACCACAUGUCAUGAGCUUCCCUGCGGCUUCCACUACUUCCCAUCACGAGAUUGGACAACGCAAGAAGCCUGCACCACGUCAGCAUCCUGGGGGCUUUCUUGUCUUGCCCUCUGUGUGCAAGCGUCGGCCGUGCGUCCCUCCUGGGGCCUUAGGAGGAGAAACCACUUCUGCAGAAGCUGCUCCCCCUGGCAGUCGAGGUGGCAGGAAAUGCUGUUCUUUCUGUGAAAGAUAUGGCUCUGGCAAACCAAACCUGGGCUCUAGCCACUUGGGGCACCUGAGCUCCCCUACCCCACGAUGCCAAGCCCCCCUGCCCCGUCCUGCGGAGGAACGCGCCUCCUCCCGCCCGCGCCCCAAGCGUUCUGUCCGGCGGAAGGAAAUGUUUGCCAAAAAUGGCCUUCUGUUGUCUUCCUUGAUGUCUUCCUGGCAAAUGCAGCCAUUUCUCUUUUGCAGCGUGGCUGAAGCCAACUGGGGCGAGUGGGCGCAGCCACAAGGUGCCCCUGCCUCACCGUGGGGAGGUGCCGUGCCACAGCCGUUGUCCGCUUCAGGAGGGCCAGCCUGCUCUUUGUGGAGAGAAGGGGACCUCGGCAGAUGCUCUGUAGCACUAGUUGGUUAGACCCUGAUGCCUUGAUUCUGCAGAGGUGGUGAAGCCUCAGGUAGGAGGUCUGCACCGUGCAUCCUCUCUCUCUGACCUGGGAGAGGACCCAUGUGGCCACAGACCAUCUCACACCAGGGUAUUCUCUGUCAGCCACCUCUGUUCCUCCACCAGAAGGGCAAUGGUUUCUUCUGCUGCUGAGAAGCCCACAUUUCACUCCUUCCUCUGCAGAGUCUGCCCCUCCUCCAGACACAACUGCUUACUGGCCCCAGCAUAUGCAUAAUAUCACACUCCUCUAUAUAUAUGUAUCAUAGCACCCACACACUUGUCUUCCCUUUCUGGAUAAGGCAUCUGCAAAGAGUGAGAUGAGAAGUGAAUGGAAUUGAAGAACCAAGGUGCAAACAGCAGCAGCUGCAGCCAGUGGGUACUGUUCCCUGAAUGUGUUCUCUUUUGUACAUCCUGCUCCUGGGCAGGAACUACAACUCCUUUCAGCUUUAAAGUUAACAAAUAAAUAAGUGAAACUGAAGUUGGCAGGAGCCAGUCUGUCCUGGGAGAGCACUGUGCUGCAUCUGAAUGGUGCUCCUCCUUCCUGUCUGCUUCAGAGCAGGGCUUUCCAGGAGGAGGGCUCUCCUAUAGCCCCCCUGCCCCUGGCUGAGAUGGGUCCCUUCGCAACCUGUGGUUCCUGCACUGAGCCCAGGAGGUGACUCCCACCCUGAACAUCCCUUGCUGGUGACAUUUCUCCGUUGCCCUGGCAGUGCAGUGGCCCAGUUGGCCCAGUCUCAAACGUUUGUUUUCAUAGGGCAGACUCUUCCCGUUCAGGAGUUCUAACAAAGCUUUUUCAAAGCACUCUCUCUGCUGUAACUGUCCGUAACGAACCCGAGAAGAAAGAGAGCUAAACCCUCUCCAUGCAUGAUGUGGAAAAACGUUUGGGAUUUUGGGGUUUUUAAAACAGAACAAAACAAAACCCACCCCCCCCCCCCACCCCCAACUUUGUACUAUGUUGCACUAAGACAUGUUUUAUACAACACACCUGAGAGCUGUAGUAAACCGUGUUGAAAUUGUGA